ACCAGAGGGUAGUGAGGUGUAGCAGAUCAAUUCUCUUCUCUCUGCUAAGCUUGAAAUCGAGGGAGUCAAAUUCUCUGGGCAUGGAACUAUCCGCGCAACAACAGUACCUUGCGAGCCAUUUGUACUGUUAAAUAAUAAAACGAGGAAAGUUCCUUGCAUCUUCCAGGUGGCUUGGCCAAAUUCGGUAGAACAUAAAUAAAUUGAUCUUCGGCUGAAGUUUAGGAGCCCGUUCUUCUCUCAGAAACAUCUGCCCUUGCUCAGAGAGAAAGAGCUGUUGAAGAAGGAAAGCCCACAACAGAGCGAAAUUCGGAUCAGAGGGAAUUCUAAGAAAUUUGCUGAGUGCGAUGGCAGGUGGGGUGAUGGGAGAAGCUGCUUUGGGAGCUCUACUUGAGAAAGGGCUGAGAACCGGGUUGGAUUUGGUGGACAAGGCUAUCAGCUUCCCAUCCAAACGUGAGGACCUCCGAGACACCGUUCAGCGUUUGACUCCGCUGAUCCGGCAGAUGAAGGCAUAUGACGAGACAUCGGAUCGCUCUCUGGAUCAAAUCGAACGAGUGUUGAGGGAAUUUCAAGAGUCAGAUAAGCUUGUUCACAAGUACUCCAAAAUCCGUUGGUGGAAAUCUCUGUCUCUUCCUUUUUACCAUGAUAGGCUUGAGGAAGAGAACAAAAAGCUUGAGAGGUCCAUCACUGUUGAUAUGCAAGUUUACACGGCGAGAGACGUGAAGGAGAUUUUGUCGACCUUGUCGACCUUGAAAGAAAUCAUGUUGACUCUUGUUAAUAACUCUCGUUCUGGGCUAACAAGCAGCGGCACAGUCAUUAAGGGCCUGUGCGGGGCUCCUGAGAAGCCAAAGUAUACCGUGGGAUUGGAAGGGGCCUUGACGAGGUCCAAGAAUGAGCUGCUGAACGGUGAUGAACCUGUUCUUGUAUUGACUGGUUUGCCAGGAUCGGGCAAGACAACCAUGGCCAAAGAACUUUGCUGGGACCCCGACGUUAAAGACAAGUUCGGGGAAAACAUCUUCUUUGUGAUCUUUUCAAAAACGCCCAACUUGAAGAAUAUUGUGCACACAAUAUUUGGACACUGUGGGCUCUCAGCGCCUGAGUUUUCGAGCGAUGAGGACGCAAUUAAUCGACUUGGUGUUUUGCUAAGGCAAUUCGGGGGAAGGCCGAUAUUGUUGGUCCUGGAUGAUGUUUGGCAGGGCUCAGAAACUAUUGUUGAGAAAUUUAAAUUCGACAUUUCUAGUUAUAAAGUUUUGGUCACUUCAAGAGUUGCAUUCCCUAGAUUUGCCACUUCAUGCCACUUGGAACCACUUGGUCAUGAUGAUGCGAUAAGGCUUUUUCAUCACUUUUCUCUAUUAGAUGACAGCUGCUCAUACAAACCCGAUAAGAAACUUGUCCGCGAGGUAGUAAGAGGUUGCAAGGGUUCACCAUUGGCAAUUGAAGUUAUUGGCGGAUUGCUCUGUAAGCAGCCCUUUGAGGUGUGGCAACAAAUGAAGGAGCUUUUGCUAAGCCAGUCUAUAUUUAAUUCUAAUACUGACUUGCUCCAUCGCCUCCAAACUAGCUUGGAAGUAAUGGGAGAUAAGUUCCCCAUCAAGAAGGAGUGCUUUAUGGAGUGCUUUAUGGACCUAGGCUUAUUUCCUGAAGACAAAAUGAUCCCUGUUGAUGCCCUCAUUGACAUGUGGGCGGAAAAGUAUAACCUAGAUGAGGGUGGCAUAGAAGCAAUGGCCACGAUCCAUGAAUUAACCAACAGUAAUCUGGCCAAGACUGUCAUUAGAAGGAAAGUAGCAAGGGACACAGACAAGUACUACAAUAAUCACUUUGUCAUGCUGCAUGAUCUUCUCAGAGAGCUAGCCAUUCAUCAAAGCAGCCUAGAACCCUUUGAAGAGAGGAAAAGGUUAAUUAUUGACUUGGGUGAAAACAAUCAUCCCAAAUGGUGGCCAGAACAGAAGCAGCAAGGGUUCAUUGCCCGCAUCUCCUCAUUAUUAUUCGGAUGGUGGAUGGAACAGAAGCAGCAGCAAGUUACUGCCCACUCAUUAUCUAUAUAUGCAGAUGACACGUCUACUGCAGAAUGGUGCAACAUAGAAUCUGAUGAAACCAAGGUUUUGAUUUUAAAUCUUCAAAGUGGCAAUUACGCGAUACCAAAUUUCGUGAAGCAAUUGAGAAAACUCAAGGUUCUGGUAGUCACGAAUUAUGGUUUCCAUAUUUCCAAAUUAAACAAAUUUGAGUUGCUUGGUUCUCUAUCUGACCUGAAAAGAAUUAGAUUGGAGAAGAUUACAGUACCUUCCCUGUGCAAAUUGAUGAAUCUGCAAAAAUUAUCGCUUCAUAUGUGUACUACAUGGCCAGCUUUUGAAAGUUGUUCCAUGGACAUUUCAGAGGCGCUGCCAAAUCUAGUGGAGUUGAAUAUUGAUUACUGUAAAGAUCUGGUGAAAUUGCCUGUUGAUAUUUGCAAAAUUAACCCCUUGAAGAAACUUAGUAUCACUAAUUGUCACAAGUUUUCUGAACUGCCAAAAGAAAUAGGAAGCCUGGAGAAUCUGGAAGUGCUAAGGCCCAGUUCCUGUUCUAAUUUGGAAGAGAUGCCAGCCUCCAUCAAAAGGCUCCAGAAGCUAAGCCAUCUUGACAUCUCAGACUGCAUAAGCCUUAAGCAACUACCUGAGGAGUUUGGGUACUUAGGCAAUCUAGAAAAGCUCUACAUGAGGGGUUGCUCAAGAUGUGAAUUGCCAGUCUCAGUCAUGAAUCUCCAGCGUUUAACGCUUGUGAUAUGUGAUGAAGACACAGCUGCAUCCUGGGAACCUUUCAAGCCUCAUCUUCCCCAUCUUACUAUAGAGCAGCCCAAAGCAGAUAUUAACUUGGAUUGGCUUCAAGGAGCUUAAAAAUGCAGCUCUCUUUUGAUGACAUCGCAGUACACCAGACGACAUCACUUUGUCUAGUGGUCAGGUCAUUCCUGCGAUAAACGUGUGGUGGUUCAAGGAACAAAAGGGAAAUUCCAUCUUGAAAGCGGGAGGAAAAUUCAUGUAUCAGGAUUUAAAUCUGAGAUUUGUACAAAAAUAAAUGUUCAAUAUUUCUUUAACCGUUGAGAUGUAUUUGUAUAAUACGCCAAUUCGAUCAUAGCGCAACAGUUCUGAUCAUGGACUCCUAGAGAGUUUGUGGUACAUCAUGCUUACUCCGAACUUUAAUAUGAUAUCUUAUUUGAUUUUUA